CCACUGCUCUAAUUUGGAUGUGGAUAUUUCUAUUUCACAAAAAUCUGUUUCAUCUAUGAAAAUUAAACUUUGCUUACUGGAUUGUAUAUUUCAUAAUAUUUUCUGUAAUUUUGUUGUUGUUGUUUAUGUUUAUUUAGACAAGUUAUAUUUAGGAUCUGCAUUUGUUGAGGAAGCUCUUCAAAAGGCGAUUGAGCUGACAGAUGCUGCUUAUGCUCGCACAAGUGAGAGAGUGAAGACGUCCCUGUCUGAGGGCACCCUGAAGCCCAGUGACCUGCUGGCUCAGUUCAAACAGACAGAGACCUCCGUCCGGACACACAUUUAUGCAGCUGAAUUGUUGGACAACACAGUGGAGCUGAUCAGAGAGAUGGUCUACACUCACAGCAUGGAGCAGCCACAACCACAUGGGUUGUUGAGUGACAGAGAUGUAGAGAAUCUGCUACAGGUGACAGGCUGCUCCUCUGAGCUGCAGAGACCCAAGUGUCCCUCUGACUGUCUCUCUGAGCGCUACCGGACCAUCACAGGAGACUGCAACAACAGGAAGUAUCCCAGAUGGGGUGCUGCUAACAUCCCAUACUCCCGCUGGCUCCCUCCUGAAUAUGAAGAUGUGUGGGGGGCUCCAAGAGGCUGGGACCCAGAUCACACUUAUCACAACGCCAGCCUUCCUCCGGUGCGGCUGGUGUCCCAAGAGGUGCUUUCCACCCAAAACAACAAAAUUUCUCUGGACUCCACCUUAUCCCAUCUGCUGGUGGAGUGGGGGCAGUGGAUUGACCAUGAUGUGGUGCUGACUCCUCAGAGUCCCAGUACAAGCGCCUUUAAGUCGGGAGCAGACUGUAGCCACUCCUGCAGCCAGGACACUCCCUGCUUCCCCAUACAGAUCCCUUUGUCGGACCCUCGCAGUGGCAUCCAAACCUGUAUGCCAUUUUUCCGGUCCGCUCCUAGUUGCUCCGAGGGCGUCCUGCCUCAUCGCCACCGGGAGCAGCUCAACGCCAUCACCUCGUUUGUGGACGCCAGUAUGGUCUAUGGCAGCUCAUCGAGUCUGGCCUCUGCCCUGAGGAACCAGUCCUCCCCUCAUGGCUCUAUGGCUCUGAACUCUCAGUACUGGGAUGAGGACCUGGCCUAUAUGCCCUUUCUGCCCCGAAUUCAGACCCACCUGGAUCCCUGUGGCCCCAGAAACUCCAGUGCCCCUCCCAGAUCUGCUCCUGUGGGGAAUAGCACGUCCUGCUUUCAGGCUGGUGACUCAAGGGCCAAUGAGCACCUGGGUAUGGUUGUCCUCCACACCCUGUUUCUGAGGGAGCACAACCGGCUGGUCAAAGAGCUGCACCUGCUCAACCAUCACUGGAGUCCUGACACUCUGUACCAGGAGGCCCGCAAAAUCAUGGGAGCAAUACACCAGAUAUUAACGUGGGAACACUACCUUCCACGGAUCCUUGGUGACAGUGCUGUAACUGAUCAGAUUCCCCCGUACAAAGGCUAUGAUGCUUCCGUGGACCCUACCAUCGCUAAUGUGUUUGCUACUGCUGCAUUUCGCUUUGCUCAUGUCACCGUUCAGCCAAUGGUGACCAGGCUGGGACCUGGCUACUCUACAGACUCCCAGAAUCCCCCACUACCUCUGCACCAGUCAUUGUUUGCCUCGUGGAGAGUUGUACAGCAAGGAGGAAUUGACCCAGUGUUACGCGGCCUCUUGCUUUCACCGGCCAAACUGCAGACUCCGGGUCAGAUGAUGGUAGAGGAGCUGACAGAGCGGCUGUUUCAGGCUCAAGGAGGGAUCCCUCUCGACCUCGCUGCCCUGAACCUCCAGAGAGGCAGGGACCACGGGCUGCCAGGUUAUGGUACAUGGCGUCGCUACUGUGGCCUCACGGUUCCCAACACCACGUCUGAACUGGCUGAUAUUUUGGGAAACUCCACCUUGGCCCAUAAAUUUCAGCUGCUAUAUGGGACACCACACAACAUUGAUGUUUGGGUAGGGGCCAUCUCUGAACCUGCUCUGCCUGGAGGUCGAGUGGGACCUCUGCUCUCUUGUCUGUUAGGAAGACAAUUCAGGACCCUUAGAGAUGGUGACAGGUUUUGGUGGGAGAGAAAAGGAGUGUUCAGUAGCUCCCAGAGGAAACAGCUCCACUCUGUGUCUCUGUCUCGCAUCAUCUGCGAUAACAGCCACAUCACCUCUGUGCCUUUAGACCCCUUCACACGCACUGAGAGCCCCAAGGACCUGUUGUCCUGCUCCCACCCUCUUAUCCCCCAUCUGGACCUCAGCCCCUGGAAAGAGCCAGACAGAGAUCCAAUUUGUGGUCUCAUACCCCGGAUUAAAGCGGGAUACUCUCUGCUCUGCCACUCCAUGGUUUUGUAUGAGUGCCAGUCUGGUUACAAGCUGCUUGGGUCCUCAUCUAUCACAUGUGACCCAAAUAUGAGAAAGUGGAGGCCUGCCCCACCAUCCUGCCAUGAUAUCAAUGAAUGUGAAGAAGAAGUUUCACCUUGCCCCCAAGAUGGAAACUGUUUAAAUACACCAGGUUCAUUUUUAUGCACAGAUUCAACCACACCAACUACAUCUUCCAUUAUUACUGCUGUUAUUGUUGUCAUUGGUGGUGCAGCUCUUUUGGUUAUGUCCAUGAUCUGGUAUCGAAAAUAUUUCCCCAAGAGAGAAUUUGCCAAUGCAAAAUGUUGUCCAGCAAAAAACUGAAUUUAGAUACUGUUAAUAGAAUGGUUUAUUUAGUCUUUUUGUCUAUUAAGAUUAUAGAGAGAUGACAAGGCCCUAACUCUAUUGUACAAUAAUAAAGAUAUAUUUCCCAGAACUCAAACACUGACUUUCUCCAGUUCAGGAAGUGCAAUUUGCAUUGACACACAGACUUCACUUUUACAUGCUGUAACUCAAAACUAUGUCUGUGAGUGGGAGCAUGUACUAAAGAUAUGAUCAUCAAAAACAUUUAUCAACUGUUGUAUUUGGAAAACAAAAUACAAUGACUAUUUCCAGUGGUCUCCCAUCCAAGCACUAAGCCUCAAAAUCAGUCGAUCAGAUUUUUGUUUAUGCAUGUAAACAUGGCCAAUAUAUAUAGCCCAUGUUAGCAAACGGUUAUCAAUAUAUUAACACUCUUCAAAGAGUGUUAAUAUAUUGUGUAAAUGUAAGAAAUAAAAAAUAUAUAUAUCUUUGAGUUGAUUCCGUGAAUGCUCUCUUGUAUUAUUACUGUUGUUGACUAAAGAAACCUGGCAAUAUUUCCCCAGGAUUAUAUGACUUAUUCUUCAGAACCAGUUUGAUGACUGUGGGCGUGGAGCUGUGCUUUUGUGACAAGCUAGUUCUUGUCAAAGAG